CAAUCACUCCUGUCGGGUUUUAAGGUAGGAGUCAAGUAUUCAAGGGCGUUUCUCUCUCUGUCUCCGUUGAAGAAGGAAGCUUCCUGAUGUGGUAGGAUUUUGGGACCAUUCAGGAAUGGAAAGGACCCAGGAGAUGGCUAAGGAAGCUCUAAGGGGUGACUUUGAAUGGGUUUACACAGAACAGCCCCAUUCCGACCGGAGGAAACAAAUUCUAGCUAAGUAUCCAGAGAUGAAGUCUCUGAUGACUCCAGAUCCUCAUCUAAAAUGGAUUGUAAGUGUGAUGGUUCUCUUCCAGUUUGUCUCUUGCUACCUGGUCAAGGACUUGUCCUGGACAUGGCUGGUGUUCUGGGCCUACGUCCUGGGAGGUUGCGUCAACCACUCCCUGACCCUCGCCAUCCACGACAUCUCGCACAACGUGGCUUUCGGGAACAAGGCUGCCAAGUGGAACCGUUGGUUCGCUAUGUUUGCCAACCUGCCCAUUGGGAUGCCUUACUCUGCCUCUUUCAAGAAGUACCACAUCGACCACCACCGGUACCUUGGGGGGGAUGCCCUGGAUGUCGAUGUGCCCACUGAAUUUGAAGGCAGGUUCUUCUGCACGCCCGCCCGCAAGAUCCUCUGGCUCUUCCUUCAGCCGCUCUUCUACGUUCUGCGGCCGUUGUAUGUCAACCCCAAACCCAUAACGCAACUGGAGUUGGUCAACGCUGCCAUCCAGCUGGGCUAUGACCUUUUUAUCUACUACAUCUGGGGCCUGAAGCCAGUGUUCUACAUGUUGGCAGGUUCCAUGUUGGGCAUGGGCCUUCACCCAUUCUCUGGACACUUCAUUGCUGAGCACUACAUGUUCCUGAAGGGAUAUGAAACCUACUCCUACUACGGGCCCCUCAACUGGUUCACCUUCAAUGUGGGAUAUCACAUGGAGCAUCAUGACUUCCCCAGUAUCCCUGGAAGAAAGCUUCCCCUGGUCAAGAAGAUAGCCCCGGAGUUUUAUGAGAAUCUGCCUCAGCACAGCUCCUGGCUUCGGGUCCUGUGGGAUUUUGUUUUCUGUGACUCCCUUGGGCCAUUCUCUCGAGUGAAACGAGUGUGCAAGCUGGUGAAGGAGCAGUGAACCUCACGUGAAGCCUCUUUAGGGCUGGCAUUUCCCCCACCCCCAAUAACAUCCCCUUCUCUCUUCCCGACCCCCAUCACAUUUCGUUUAAUGAAACAGUAAAUGAUUAUUUAUAAUUUUCAAUUGAUUUUUCACCUGAAAUCAACCUCUGGCCAUUGGUCAAUUUCCUUUUUAUUUAUACAGGGGGUUGACCAGUGUUGCAAUUGUGUAUAAUGCAGGUUGUGGUAAAUUAUCAGAGUCCAUUUUAACUGUCCAGUGGUAAAGCCAGACCCUUCCUCCACACUGGAGCCUGGAGAACUGUAUUUUGAAAUGUAUAAGAGGUACAGAACUGGUGGGGGCAGGGCGGUCUCUGUAUAACACUGCAGUAUCAGUCUGUCACCUUCCAGAAGUAAUUUAUUUGGAUAAAUAGUGAUGUUAAUGUACAUUGUGUCAUUGCUGUGACUGUACAGUGCCUCCAUUCCUGCAUGUACUCCCAUCUGGUGAGUUGGCUCCACGCACAGCUUGGUAGGAAGGUAAGACCUAAGCAGCCCCAUUUGGUUGGGGGGGGUGCGCUGUGUAUUUAAAUUGUGACACUGCAGGGCCACAGUAGAGCAGCAGCCUUUAAACGAUGGACCCCCUUCAACAGUUAGAGCAUCACAAACAGAGGGUCACGUUCCAGAGCACUGGUGGUUCAUGGGGGAAAUCACGGUGUUGCCAGUGAUUGACUGACUUAUUGGUCCUGGCAAACUGCAGUUAUACCCCCAGAGGGACCCUCAGCAGCUUGGGCUGAUGGGUCAUGGGGUGCACAAUUUGCUGGAAAACUCCAAUAUAUUUACAGCCACCUACUUGGGUAAAACACUCUGUAAUGUCACCAUAUUGUUUUGAUGUAUCAAGCACCUUGGGUGUUCUCUCACCACACAUGCUGUAUUUCUCCACCUCUCUUAGGGGUCAUGUUUGGCUCUCUUUUUUUUCCCCCAAAAGAGGUGGGAUUGGUCACGCUUAGCCCAACACACCUUGGGUAAAGGAACAGGGCAGCUGAUUGCUUAGAAGGUAGGAGCCCUGAAACAAAAUGGCAAGUGAGUGGAGACUGUGUUCUGGACGCUGCAGUGGAGUAGCCUUUUGCCACUGCGUUCUGUUUUAAUCAAGUCUUUUGAAUGUGAUGUAGGAAUAUUUAGGAUUGGGGGUGGAAGAGGGAAAUCUUUUUUUAAAAAAACAAAAAAGUUGAAAUUCUCAACUUUUCUACUGUUGUGAAAUCAUUAAAACUAAAAUGGAUCUCAA